AUGGAUUUCUAUAGAGACUCUACCUGGGUACUCGAGUAUCUAGAAAAGGAAAAUGCUAAGGAUAAGAUUUCUGGUUCAUUACAAGGUUUGGUUUUGAAAAGCUGUAAGAAAUAUAAAGUUAAAUCCAAUCCAAGACAUGUAUACGCUGCUGUUUCUUCAUGUUGGAAAGUUAAGCCUUAUUUGGAGAAGGUUAUGAAACGUUCAGGGAUAUUAGAUGAUAUCCCAAAUAAGAAAGGUAAACCACAAUUUGAAAGAUUGACUUUACUUUUAUUGUGCCAUGAUUUACUUUUAUCGAAGAGUAAAAGAAUUCAAAUGGGUAAACAUCCUAUUAAGACUUACAUUUUGAAAUAUAAGACCAGAUUACAUAGUGAAUUAGUCAAAUUAAAAUUGAAAUUAAAGGUUAGAGAUUUAUCUGAAUUAAUUGAAGAUGAAAACUCUAAUGAUGAUAUAACUCCUGUAAGAUGGAUACGUAUUAAUCCAAUUAGAGCUCAAUAUGAUAAAGGUUUAGAACCCAUUAUGAAUGAAUUAAAUAAAAAAUUUCCUACUAGAGUCAACCAUUGGUCUGAUAUUGUUCCAGGUACAAUUUAUCAUGAUGAUUAUAUUCCAAAUUUAUUUGGUGUUCAUACAAAGGAUAAAAUUACAUCCCAUGAACUAUAUAAAACUGGUAAAGUUAUUAUUCAAGAUAGAGCUUCAUGCUUCCCUGCUCAUAUUUUAAAUCCUGGAAAGAAUGAUAUUGUAAUCGAUGCGUGUGCAGCUCCUGGUAACAAAACUACUCAUACGGCUUCAUAUAUUCUUGGUGGUCCUAAGAAAGAUCAAACUACUCAAAUUUAUGCAUUUGAGAAAGAUCCUGAAAGAGCUAAAAUUUUACAACAUAUGAUUAAGGUUGCUGGUUGUUCGAAUACUAUUCAAGUCAAUGUAGGUGAUUUUACCAAAAUUGCUACUCCAGAAAAGUUUCGCAAUGUAACAGGUUUUAUUGUAGACCCAAGUUGUUCCGGUAGUGGUAUUUUUGGACGUAAAUAUGUGGAUUCAAUUAAUAAGAAGAAACAAGAGUCCAGUGGUGACAAUGGUAACCAGGAUGAUGAAGAUGCGGUGCCUGAUGAACAAGAAGAAGAAUUUGAUUUGAAAAGGGACGAUUUAAAGACACGGUUAUCCAAGUUGGCCUCAUUCCAAUUUCAAGUAGUUAAACAUGCUAUGUCUUUCCCAAAAGCCAAAAAGAUCGUUUACAGUACAUGUUCUAUCCAUGCAGAAGAAAAUGAAGGCGUUGUCAUCGAUUUGCUGUUAGAUAAGAAAGUCCAAGAAUGGGGUUGGAAGGUCGCUCCUAGAUCAGAAGUCAUUCCAACUUGGCCAAGAAGAGGAUUCCAAGCUGAAUUUAGUAAAGUAUUUAGAGAUGAAGAUGAAAAAUGUCAAGAAUUAGCAGAUGGAUGCAUAAGAGUUUUACCAAAAGAAGAUGGUGGUAUUGGAUUUUUUGCUGUUUGCUUCGAAAGAAAUUAG